UGCAACGUUUGUUUCAAAACUAAACGGUUGCUAUUUUUGCCAGGCAAGUCAUGCAGCUAUUGCUGCUCAUCUUAACAAUGGAGACUAUUCACUGAUUAAUGCUGUUUGUUCAAAUUAUCAAACUGCUCCAAUUAGUAAGAAACUUAAAGCUCUUUUGACAAUAGCAGGCAAAGUUCAGAUCAGUGGUAAAGAAGUUACGAGUGACGAUAUCAAUGCAGCCAAACAAGAAGGUGCAACGGAUCUCGAUAUACAUGAUACAGUACUGAUUGCUGCAGCAUUUUCUAUGUUCAAUCGAUAUGUUGACGGAUUGGCAAUGUUCACUCCAACUGAUCCCGAGUUUUAUGAUACUAGAGGCAAGCAAACCGCAAUUCAUGGCUAUCAAUCUUCUUAA